AUGUCUACUGAACUAGAUUUGUCGAUUAAAUCAUACUUUGAGAGUACGUCCGCCUUAGAUUGGUCGCAUUUGAGUUUUUUAAAGUCUUUAAAGCCUUAUUGCGUCUCGGAAGAAUACUCAUUGGACGAUCUAAAAUCCGUAUGGAGGAAGCGAUAUCUAACCUUUCUAAAUGAACUUCUUAUGGAGGAAGAAAAGCAUGAUAAUGGUAUCAAAGAGCGUGUAGUUUUUCUGAUUCAACAGAAGGGGUGUCGUCCUCUUUGUGGCAUGGGGUGUCGUUCCUCAGCAUUGUAUUUCACGAUCUUCUCUGCUGUUGCACGGCCUAAAGGGGGUGUCGUCCUCCUCGAGAAGCGUCCAUCUGAAGAAGAAAACUUUUGGAAAAGUGUCAAGACUGAAAAAGAUCUAAUGGCAAAGGAGGAUAUUUUUGAUAAACAAUCGCAGAUUGACGCAUUGAAUGUGCUUGAGGCUACUCUUAAUCAAAAAACCGAAGAGUAUGUUGAUAGAGUUAAUUCACGCUUGUCAAAACGAACUAAGAUGGCAAAAGGAGAAAUGGAUAUGUCACUUGGACAUAAGCGAUCAUACGAUGAAGAAUUACCAUCAACUUCAUCAAAACAGGUCAGGACUCAGGAUAUAACUCAAUUAUUAGUCCGCAAGAUCUUCAUCUCAUCCUUUCAUCCUUUCAGGUGCAUACAGAUCAGUACUUACGAAAACAAAGAAGAUGUUACUCAAGAGGAUACGUUAAGCUCUGUUGCUGAAACGGACUAUUAUAUUAUUGAUUUGGGAGAUGAGGAAACACUAAAUCAGGUUCACGAACUUUUGAGCGACUAUGAAUUGAAUUCUUUGUCUGAAAGGUUAAGAUUGACGGAUGAGAUGAAUAUUUGUGACGAUGGUGAUAUAGAAAGUGAAAAUAAAGACAUAACCGAUGAAAAAGACAGCGAAGAGUUUGCAAAAAUGAAGGGGAAAGUUCAUCAAUUAGACAGCCAAUCCGAAAAACUUCAUUAUCUAUCUAACACCUUUCCUAUACCAGUAGAGAGUUAUGAUCAAUCAGAAAUGCCCGAUAUUUUUGUUAUUAAGAGCGUCUCUAGUCACCUUGAUACAAUCACAAAAAUGAAUGGUAUUAUGAAGAAUACUCCCGAACGCACGUGGACAGCUCACGUAAUAGCGUAUCUGUUUUUUGUUACAUUUUGCUUUAUCGACUCAUUACGGUAUUUCUCAUGUGAACGAGACAUUUCUACCAAGGUCGAUGCUCAAAAUAACGGGUAUAAAGCUGAUGGUGUCUUAGAGUUCUUUGAGCGUCCAAGGCAAAUCCCGUUAUUUUUGCUUGAGGUGUCAGAAGGUCCCAAUAAUCCCGACCCAGAUAAAAUUAAUGGAGAUAGAAAGAAGCUGAUGAACGAGGGUAUUUUUGCCCUUAAUAAAUUUAUGGUGAGUACCGAAUUACCAGGAUGGAAAGUGUGUGAAACAUUGGGUGUUUUCCUGGCCCAGGGAUUUGCCGAUAAAGUUGAAAUCGGACAAUUAAUAUUUAUUGGGCCCGGCUUGUACCUUUUCUCGCCAUUUACAACUCCAGCCCUUACCAUUCCAACUUCCAACACCAGUCUAGGACAUGUACCUAGACUAAUCCGAACACUCUUGUGUUUACGAUACAAUAUUAUCGAAAAGAUUGAGAAAUUUAAAGAACUUGAAAAGGAAGGACAGCAACGUAUUGCGAAGCCUACUAGAACAAAGUAUGCAACCGGGUUUACACCAGGACGAUCUAGAUAUUAA